UUACAUUGAAAGCGACGACCGGAAGUGACGUCACCGCUACUUUGCUAUCCCUGCUGUUAGCUGUUAGCUCUAUAGCUCACAUUAUUACUAAGCCGAGUUAAAGCUAGAACUACUUGUUUCUUUUAAAACGACUCCGGUACACUGUUUUUUUUAAGUAGGUUACAUUUUCCUGGGAUAUAGUUACCACGUUUCUUCGGUAAACAAACGCCUGUCAUUAAACUUUUGAUUUGGGAGAAGAAAUAAACAAUAUGGCUGAAGGAUCGUCAGAGCUGCCCGACCUCAAUCCAGAGGGCUCGGCACAUAAAAAGUCAAACCACUACAAAUCCAGACGGGGUCAGUCCAGACACAUCAAUGACCGACCCUUCAGUGGCCCCUCACAACAAUACGGACAUCCUCCAUUCGGCCACCUUAAUAGUUCACAGCACCCCGACAAUCCUCCCUACCAGAGUGAGUCAGGUGGCAGGAGGCGAGGUAGAGGGCGCAAGGAUGGAUUUCGAAGUGCAGACGAGAAUUUUCAUGGGUCACGAUGGCAAAGACCACCAAGUGAUUAUGGUGGCCGCGGCCGAGGUUUUGGUGGCCACCAGUCAGAAAAUGGAGCCGGGUCAAACUGGCGGGAGAGACAGCAGAUGCAAGAUGACGACAUAAGAAAAAACCAAGAAAGCACUCUGAAUCAGAGAAGGACCAGUCCGGACUCCCAAAGAGAUUUUCGGAGUCAAGGAAAACAUCCUGAACAGAAACGACGACAAGGACCAAUCAAGCCGCCACCACAGGAAGCGCGAGGUGCAGACAGGGGUGCCACUUGCCAUGACAACCAUGGCAGGCGACACCCAGGGCUCCAUCACAGAGGGCAAAGGAUACCACAGAACCACAGGAGGAACUUGGACAAGAUGCCAAAGAGCAAUGAGACUCAGACAGGUUGUCUGAUCGAACAGCUGUCAGAGGAGAAGUACGAGUGCAUGGUGUGCUGCGAGGUGAUCCGACUCAUGGCUCCCGUUUGGAGCUGCCAGGGCUGCUUCCACGUCUUUCACCUGAACUGCAUCAAGAAAUGGGCCCGAUCCCCCGCCUCACAGGCAGAUGAAUCAGCUGACGGUUGGCGUUGUCCCGCAUGUCAGAAUGUUGCUCUCAAACACCCAAACUCCUACACCUGUUUCUGUGGAAAAGUGACAAACCCCGAGUGGCAGCGCAGUGAGAUUCCUCACAGCUGUGGCGACAUGUGCGGCAAGAAGAGAAGUGGAGCAGACUGCCACCACCCCUGUAACAUCUUGUGUCACCCAGGACCUUGUCCUCAGUGUCCAGCUUUUGUGACCAAAUCCUGCGUGUGUGGAAGAACCAGUCAGCCGAUGCGCUGCGGACAGGCUUCCCUCUUGCACUGUGACAAGGUGUGUGGCGCUGUACUAAACUGCGGCCAACACACGUGUACUCAGGUGUGCCACUCCGAGCCCUGUCACCCCUGCCAGCUGCAAGUCGAGCAAGUCUGCUACUGCGGAGUCACGCCUCGUGAAGUCCUGUGCGGCACGGAUGAAGACAAGUUUGACGGUUCAGGGCAUUUCUCCUGUCAAAAAACAUGCGCAAAGGUGUUGGACUGUGAAGCUCAUCAGUGCCAGCAGUUGUGCCACCAAGGCUCGUGCCCGCCAUGUCCUCGCUCGCCCAGCACAGUGAAGACUUGCCCCUGCGACCAGACGCAGCUGACCAAACUCCUGGAGCUGGGCUACUCUGAGCGACAGAGCUGCACCGACCCUAUCCCCUCCUGCGGGAAGACGUGCGCCAAACCUUUGGCCUGUGGCUCCAAUGACACUAUUCAUCUGUGUGACAAGCUGUGCCACGAGGGCGCCUGUGGUCCAUGCUCCUUGACUUCAAACAUUAGGUGUAGAUGUGCUUUUAAGACCAAGGAGGUGCCAUGUGCCACAAUCCAAAAAGAGGAGGAGCUGGUCUUCACCUGUGAGAAGCGCUGCAGCAAGAAGCGCUCCUGCGGGCGACACAAGUGCGGCGAGCUGUGCUGUGUGAGUGUGGAGCACAAGUGUCCGCUUAUCUGUGGCUAUAAGCUCAACUGUGGCCUACACCGCUGCCAGGAGCCCUGUCACCGUGGCAACUGUGAGCACUGCUGGCAGGCCAGUUUUGAUGAGCUGGCGUGUCACUGCGGGCUGUCUGUGUUGUACCCGCCCAUCCCGUGCGGCACCAGCCCACCCGAGUGCAAGAACAUGUGCACUAGAAGACACGAAUGUGACCACCCAGUCUACCACAACUGCCACAACGAGGAUAAGUGUCCCCCCUGCACGUACCUCACCCAGAAGUGGUGCAUGGGAAAACAUGAGCAACGCAGCAACAUCCCUUGUCACCUGCAAGACAUCUCCUGCGGCCUCACGUGCGAUAAAGCGCUUCCCUGUGAGAUGCAUCGCUGCAAGAGAAUCUGCCACAGGGGCGACUGCUUGGCGGGCGGCAGAUGCAAGCAGCCGUGCACGCUGCCACGCAACGACUGUGGCCAUGCGUGCGCCGCUCCCUGCCAUACCGGCGCCGAAUGCCCGCAAACUACCUGCAACGCUAAGGUGGCGCUGCAGUGCGAUUGCGGUCGAAGGAAAGAAACGGUGCCAUGCACUGAGGCUACAAAUUCAUACCAAAGGUACGCCGCCAUCGCCAUGGCCAAAAAACUGUCAGACAUGCAGCUUGGCGACUCGAUGGACAUCGGCCCACUGCUUGCUAAGAAAGAUCUUAAACAGACCAAGCUUCAAUGUGACGAGGAGUGCGCCGCUGUGGAAAGGAACAAGCGCCUGGCCGAGGCCUUGCAGAUAGACCCCUCCUCUGACCCUUUCAACAUGCGCUCCACCUCUGUGUACAGCAAUAGCCUGAAAGAGGAUGCCAGAAAAGACGGAAAAUUUGUCUCAAACGUGGAAGAGGCGAUAAAGAAUCUUGUUGAUCUUGUUUCUAAGGGUAAGCAGCCAAAGAGGAGCCACUGCUUCCAGCCCAUGAACAGAGAACGUCGUAGGAUCGUCCAUGAGCUGGCCGAGGUCUACUCCGUGGAGAGCGUAAGCUACGACAGCGAGCCCAAACGCAAUGUGGUCAUCACGGCGCACAAGGGGAAGUCAAUUUGCCCGAAAUCCACUUUGACAUCGAUGAUCGAGCGAGAGACAACCAUUCGGUCUCCUGUGCCCAUUGCUCAUAUCAAACAGUCCAGUAGCAGGGUCUCCAGCGCCACCACCUGGUCCAAGCUGGUUAAAGAAGAACCGGUAAUAGAUUAUUUUGAUGUCCAAGACUAAAAAAAACAACAACAAAAAGUUAAAGUGAUCCACUUGAAAAUGAUUAAAAUGAGACAUUGUUUUUGGGUUAAGCAUGAAUCCUGAAUCAAGUCAAGACACAGAUUGUAAAACUUCUUGUAUGCAAGCACUUCCUGAGAAGAGCCACCGUUAAUAAAUAUGCGAGUUAAACAAAAA